GGAGUGACCUCUUCGUCCUAAUGUCCAUGAAACCUCUUCAAGCUGAGACAGACCAACGACUAUCCCAACCAUAUGAGUAUGAAUAUGAAUAUUAUGAGUAUGAACAUAAAUACCCCCAUCUAAUAAUAUCUGUAUGGUCUACACUCUAACCCCUACCAAGCUACUCCACCACUCCUAAAACCCUCUCUCUCUCUCUCUCUCUCUCUCUCUCUCAACUUUUCAUUUUCCGCCAAUUUAGAGAGGGAGCAAAGGAACAGUGUGACUUCUCGUGAUUUUCAGCUAAUGCUUUAACCAUUUUCAACUUCUCUCUCUCUCUUCAUUCAAUCCCCCAAGCAACGAUACCCUUUCUCUCUCGUGCCCUAAACAGUCCUACUCUCUCUCUCUCUCUCUCUCUCUCCAUUUCAAUUACAUUCACCUCAUCAACACCCACCUCUUGGUUGAACUGUUAUUUGAUCGCUGUAUCAGUGUUUUGGGUUUGGGUGGUUCUGAUCUUGAUUUUUGGGAUUUGGAUGCUGAAUAUUAGAUGGAGUCUAGAGAUCUUAGCAUGUCUUUCAAUUUUGGGAUUUAGUAUGAUCACAAACAACUUUGGAGGAUAGGUGGCAUGUUUUUCCGUUUAUGUGGUUCUUUUCCCGGGAAAUGCUUUGUUGAAAAAUGGGUUAGCAUAACCUUGCAGCACCACAUCCAUAAUUUGUAGUAUAUAGAUGAAUCCAGUAAAUAUGGGUACUUCUGAAAUUGUUGAAUCAAUGGAAGAGUUUGAUUCAGGAUUGAAAAUGGAUGAACAUGAUGGAAAGCGUCAUAUGCUGAAGCCUGGACAAAUAUGUUCUAUAGAGGACGAUAUUAAUCAACUUUUCGAGGGAAUAGACGUCAGGACUUCUGGUAGGAGUUCAGGUCUGUUGCAGAAAGUUUGUAAAGACAGUUUAAGGAAGAGUGCCAUGAAAAGACCAAUGAGACCUGGUUCGUCUCAAGCUUCUGGAAUUGGAAUUUCAGAGUCUGUGAGUUUGAAACAGGCAUUGAGAGGGUUAUGCAUCUCCCAGGCAUCGGAGAUGGCAGCUAUGAAACGGUUAUCAAAACCAGGAGGUUCAUCAAGGGCCUCAGAAGCAGGAACUAUCAAAAGAUUGUAUAGGUCGGUGGUAGUUGAAGCUGGAGAAUCUGGCCUAGCCCUUAAUGAAGGUAAAGGUAACUUGGUGGAAAUCUCACUUGUUCCAGAAGGAAGCACAUCGAAUUUCUCUGAGAAAAUGUCUGAAUCUGGCCAAUUACCUGAAGUGGAACUAUUGAACCAAAGUGCUCUAAUGGGAGAGGAUGAGAUUAUUCCUUUGCCCAAUCAUGGUGGGUAUGAAAUUUCAUUGGCCAAGUUAGGGCGGCAUGGAAAGCCGAAAUUGACACGUUCUUCAUCUAGCACUCACGCGAGUGAGAAACAGACAGUGGUUGAUGAGAUUGUUCCUGCCUUAGCUGAAGUUCCGGUCAAACCAGUAGAACCAGACAAGGAACAGAAAGGCAAGUUGCAUUUUACUUCUUCCCCGUCUAGUGACAAUAACGCUAGCAAUAAUGUUAACAAAUCUGCAAGCAUUAGUCGACAUAUAAUCAGACCCGUUUUCAGGAACAAGAACUCUGCUAAAAAUAAAGAAAAACAGGAUUCAACUUCUGUCCCUAGCAGCUCCAAUCAAUCCAAUGGUGGUGUAGAUAAUAACUUGGGUCCUAUUACUAGUAAAGAAAAUGAGAAAUCUUCAGUAUCAACCACUACAAAAGUUAGCAGUGAAGUCAGUUCAAAUGCUACAGACUCUGGUCCUGGUAAACCAGUUUUGAAUUCAAAUAUUAGUAACAGAACUAAGACUGUAGUUUCGAAAUCGGAUGAAAAUUCAAGGUCAAGAGAAAAGGGGGAGUUCUCUCAAAGCUCGAAGAGUAGCAUCGGUGAAUACAGCAGUAGUACGAGUAUUAGUGAGGAGAGCACUCUAAGUGGAUCGAGCCGCAGUGGGUAUAGACCACACAUGUCGAAAGACUUGAGAUGGGAAGCGAUUCGAUAUGUUCAGAAGCAACAUGGGAGCAGCUUAGGUUUGAGACACUUCAAGCUAAUUAAGAAACUUGGUAGUGGGGACAUUGGGACUGUUUACCUUGCUGAGCUAACGGGCACAAACUGCCUAUUUGCUUUGAAAAUUAUGGACAAUGAGUUCUUGGUUAGCAGGAAGAAAAUGGCUAGGGCUCAAACUGAAAGAGAGAUACUGCAAAUGCUGGAUCAUCCAUUUCUCCCUACACUAUUUGCUCAUUUUACAGCAGAUAAAUUCUCGUGCUUGGUUAUGGAAUAUUGUCCCGGUGGAGAUCUGCAUGUGCUCCGGCAAAAGCAACCUAACAAGAGUUUCUCUGAACAAGCUGCAAGAUUUUAUGUUGCCGAAGUCCUCCUGGCAUUGGAGUAUCUACACAUGCUUGGAGUUGUCUACCGAGAUUUAAAACCCGAAAACAUACUGGUCCGGGAAGAUGGUCACAUCAUGCUUUCGGAUUUUGACUUGUCACUCCGAUGCGCUGUUAAUCCUACACUGCUCAAAUCAUCACCAACUGUCGAGUCUCCUAAAAGGGAAUCAAGCCCAUGCACGGAAUCAAGCUGUAUACACCCUUUCUGCCUCCAACCGUCGUGGCAAGUCCCCUGCUUCACCCCUAGGCUUAUAUCCGCUGCAACAAAAACCCGAAAGCUUAAAGCCGACCUUGCAGCCCAAGUCAGCCCAUUACCUCAGCUUGUAGCUGAGCCGACAAGUGCCCGGUCCAAUUCCUUUGUUGGGACCCACGAAUACUUGGCUCCAGAGAUCAUCAAAGGAGAGGGUCACGGGAGUGCCGUCGAUUGGUGGACUUUCGGAAUAUUCCUGUAUGAGCUAGUAUACGGUAAGACACCCUUCAAGGGACCUGGAAAUGAGGACACGCUGUCAAAUGUUGUGUCACAUAGCCUCAAGUUCCCCGGGAGCCCCAUUGUGAGUUCUCAUACGAGAGAUUUGAUCAGAGGGCUGUUGGUGAAGGAACCCGAGAAUAGGUUAGGGUCUGUGAAAGGGGCAGCUGAGAUUAAGCAGCAUUCGUUUUUCGAGGGCCUUAAUUGGGCUUUGAUACGAUGUGCAAUUCCACCAGAGUUGCCUAAGGUGUUUGAUUUUGGGAAUGUCCUUGCUGACAUGUCAGCAUCGCAGAAUAAGGAAAGCGGUAGGUGUCAGGAAGAGUUUAAAAGUACAGGAGAGCAUAUGGAGUUUGAGAUGUUUUAGCGCUCGAACUACUUUGAUGCUGCGAUAAAAAGGUGUUUGAUUUUCAUUUUAAAAAUGAGAUUUCAUAUCCUUGUUUUUAUUUUUAUCUGAUAUAUAUAGUAUAUAGUGUACAUGUAACUUGAAAAAUUGGUGGCGAGUUAAAGAUUAUGACAUAUUAAUACUGAAUUAUUGUCCUGAGAUUA